UAAACUGGAAGGAAAAGGCUGAGCUCUGCUCCACUGAACCACUCCUGGAAACUUAGAAGAUGACCUCCAGAUCACCUUACAGUUCUUCCUUUGCUUAGCUCUCUGUUCCAUCCUGUUCUUCGGAUCCGCUCUACUCUGCCAGCUUGUGUGUUCCUUUCCUCUAGAAUCAGGUACUUUUAUUUUUAUUUUGCUUUGCCAAAGUGUUACUCUGCCACCACAUCCUGCCCAUCCAACCUAGAUUAUAAGCGACAGGAUUCUGGCAUAUAUAUGUAUAUGUAAGGCUUGCUCAUUACACAGUGGAAGACAGAUGAUGGGGGAAAAUAUCAUCCAUACUGGGCAUUCUUUGCAGGUCUUUUUUGUUUGCUUGUAGUUAGCUUGAAAGAAGAAGCUGAGAAACUUCUCUUCAGGGGUGAUACUGACAUCACAUCCUUUCCACUCGGCAGGUCUUGCAGCCAUCAAACUCGCCUCUGCUCACUUCUGCUUUCACUGAAGAAAAGAGAAAAUGACCAGAUUUUUUUCUCUCCUGUGGCCCAUCGGCCUGAUACUAUGCUGCUGGUGGCCCCAAGCCAACAGUAUGGUGCAAAUGAAGUUGACCGGUGACGUUCCCCAUGCCUCCAAAACUCCAGUGGAACUGAAAUGUGAGGCCAGCAAAAUGGAUGUUGGGGUGUACUGGGUCCGUCAAAACUCGGACCUCAGCACUCACUUCAUCCUAUAUAUGUCUUCAAGGUCUAGAAGCCCACAAGAAACGGUCAGAGGCUACAUAGCAUCAAAAUCUUCUGACAAUUACCUGCUAAGAAUUGUCAGCUUUGGGAAGGAGUAUGAGGGCAUCUACUUUUGCCUUUUGUUCUACAAUCAGGUGGUCCACUUCAGUUCAGGACUCAAAGUCUACCUGCCAAAGGCUACCACCAUCGCACCCCAAGUUUCAACUCCCAGUGAAAGACUUACAACAACCAUGGGACUUCCACAUUCCACAGCCUCAGGUCCAGAUGACGAUGUGAUGUUCCGCUGUGACCUGUACAUUUGGGCCCCCUUAGCAGGCGGUUGCUUCCUUCUGCUAGUAUUGUUGGUGAUCACCCUGUCGGUGUGCUGUGACCCAAGGAGGAGGCGACGGCGUUGCAGAUGUAAAAAGCCUCUGAAUGGAACCAAUGGAACAGUCGCUACGUCACGCUUGAUCAAAUAGGACAUUUCAGCCAGAUUUUCCCAUUGCACUCUCACUGCAUCAUACCUUCCAACCUUGCCAGAAAGACUCUUGCAUGCUCAUAAUGGCUCUGUGCUCCCAUCCCACGGAGGAAUGGCUUUGCAGGAAAAUCUUAUCCACCUGCUGUAUGUAUGUUGGGAUAAUUUACUUUGCCUUGACCUAUCUUGCACUAGGAAACUGCAACAGCUUAAGGUGGAGUUCUUAAAUAGAUCUUCAUCUCACAAACCUUGGCUGUCCUCCUUAUAGAAAAGCUGCAAAGAUGUUCAGCCAAAUUUACUGCCUGAAUAGUCAGCAUUUAAGGGAAGGAAAAUGGAGCAACAGACUGCUGCUUAGGAUCUGUGCAGGUGCAUUUAUAUACAUUUUCAUACUAGACUUUUUGCAGCUGUCCCCUUAGAUCUUUUGAUGCUUAGCGACUUGGGAGGGAGGGUUGAAACCCAAAGAACUCUGACGCAUGCCUGUGUAUACUAAGAAAAUGGUGAAAUCCCCCAUUCCCCAAACAUCUCUCCCAAAGACUAAGUCCAGACAGUGUGUUAGCACCGCUGUAAACCACCAGAAUGCCUAUAUUGUGCAAAUCCAAUUGAAAACACACGUAAUAGGCCAUAUAGUAACAAACGCAAAGUUAUUUUCUAGAACUACUUCUCAAAAUUAGAUACUUCUCAAGUGGUAUGUAAUUUUUGAGAAGUAGCUCUAGUAAAAAACUUUGUUUGUUACUAUAAAGGUAAAGGGACCCCUGACCAUUAAGUCCAGUCGUGACCGACUCUGGGGUUGUGGCGCUGAUCUCGCUUUAUUGGCCGAGGGAACCGGCGUACAGCUUCCGGGUCAUGUGGCCAGCAGGACUAAGCCGCUUCUGGCGAACCAGAGCAGUGCACGGAAACGCCGUUUACCUUCCCACUGGAGCGGUACCUAUUUAUCUACUUGCACUUCGUGCUUUCAAACUGCUAGGUUAGCAGGAGCAGGGACUGAGCAAUGGGAGCUCACCCCGUCGCAGGGAUUCGAA